AUGCUAAGGUUGCUUUAUCUUUAAAUAUUUGUCUAUCAUGUCUCUCUCAAAACUUUGAUAAGAACUUUACAUUCACUAUUUGAAGGUGCCUCAUUCACUGCUACUCAGAGAUAGUAAAAUCUGCCAUGAUGCAGCCAGCCAUAACUAAUAUUGUGUUCAAUCCUCAAACUGGUCAGUACCUGUACUACAACCAGAGAACCAGACAAUAUCUGCCAUAUCAUCCGCCUCAGCUGCCUCAAGUUCAACUUGGGCCAAGACCUCAGCAAUUUCCUUAUCCUGCUCAGCCAUUCUAUCCACAACAGAGACCUCAGCAGCUCCCUUAUCCAGCCCAACUAAAUCAGUCCCAGCAGCCACAACAGAGGCCCCAGCAGCUCCCUUAUCCAGCCCAACUAAGCCAGUCCCAGCAGCCACAGCAGCUUCCUUAUCCAGCCCAACUAAGCCAGUCCCAGCAGCCACAGCAGCUUCCUUAUCCAGCCCAACUAAGCCAGUCCCAGCAGCCACAGCAGCUUCCUUAUCCAGCCCAACUAAGCCAGUUUCAGCAGCCACAGCCGAGAUCUCAGCAGCUCCCUUGUCCAGCCCAACUAAGCCAGCCACAGCAGCUCCCAUAUCCAGCCCAACUAAGCCAGUCCCAGCAGCCACAGCCGAGGCCUCAGCAGCACUCCAGUCUACAAGGUGGUAAACUACCGGCAACUUCUGAUCAGCAACAGCUGUAUCAGAAACAGACUCGGCAGGAAAGUUCACAUUCACGAUCUCCUAGACAAAGAACUCCAGAAACCAAACCUCAGCACAGUUCCCAGCACAAUGUUCAACAUGGUCAAGCGGCAGUUUCGAAUAAAUUUCAGCAUGCAAAGCCACACCCGGCAAACAUACAAUCAAGUACAGACAGUGUGAAGUCUGCCACCCGUGUUGAGGCAAGGGCUCCUCAUGGACGUACUAAUGACACUCGGAAAGAGUCUAAAUCAGCAUCGCGAGACUCGAGUCCCAGAGUUGAAAGUGGUCGUCCAAAACAAAAGCAAGCCACACACUCUUCAAAAACUGCCUCACCUCUGCCGUAUCCAGUUAACUCAGAUCAGGGACCCUCUACUUUCUCUGAUUCACUGCUGGAUUCAUCUAAAAAAUCUGAUUCUGACAAUGCAACUACACGUCAAACCCAUACCAGUGAGAUUGAAGCUACACGCCGACCGAGUGUCGAACCAACAGUGCCUAUUACAGAAGUGCGUGAAUCCUCCAGCCCAAUGCCACUUGCAACAUCGGAGGAUGAAACUCUGGGUUUGCAUUAUGACGAGCCUCCCUCGAGCCUAGCGAUGUGUCUAAAUUCUCUAUGGGUUAGUUCUUUGUGUACACCAUCUGGACCAGCAAACUUGAACAAAGGUAUCGCUAAUCUCAGCAAAGGCUCUUCUUCUUCAUCUGUUUUACCACUUGAAGCAAGACGCAUUGUUAAUGGGCCUCAAAGCUUGAAUGCUGGUCCAGCUAAACUUGCCAAAGGGCCUUCAGUGAUUACUUCAGGGCCUAAUCAACAGCUACAAGGCCCAGCUGGGAUUUCUAAAGGUCCUGCUGGCAUUUCAAAGGGCAGCAGUCUUGACACUAUAGGGCCUUCAAGUAGCGCCAUCUCGAGACGCGUUGUCUCUCCCACUGGCCCAUCGCACGAUACUUUGUUGGGCGCUAGCCUGGCUGUUGGCUCGAGGAACGCAGCUAGAGGACCCAGCUGCUGUGUUCGUGGCUCGAUCCGAAACUUCGAUAAAAUUGCUGAAACUGAAAUUGUGGCGGGAUGAAUAUCAUUGAAUGAUGCUAACCACCAUGUUAUUUCUGCUCAUGAGGGUUUUGUUACAGAUUAUAAAUCGUUUACACGUUUAUUUAAAUUCUAAAGCUUCGACACGGCUGAUAAAUCAAGAUGUCGUUCUAUCAGCGAACGGUCUCCAUACCCUAAUGCAUUAGGCGUCGUGAUUUACCCCGUUUAUCUCAAAUAAGUGAAAUAACAUAUAUCUGAUCAUAUUGCGGAGUCGUGCAUUACAAUUUUAUUAUCCUCUAUAUUACAUUUGUUAUGAAGUUAAGACUCGGAAGAUUGCGCACGGUUUAUUCUUAACAGUUGACCACAUAAAACUUGGUGUAUCUACGAGUGAUUAUCGUAUUCAUGUGUAUGAAUGGAAUUAAUCUGUUGAAUUUUCAAAGUUCAUAACAUACAUGGUAAUCUCAUCUCAUGGUAUUUAUGGUUACACUUAGUUUACUAUUUAGCAAGUAAUUCUGAAUUCAUCGGAGAUUGUUUCUUGUUCAUUAGAUUAAUAUUGACGUUAAAUCUAUUUCUUUGUUUCUUGUUCAUUAGAUUAAUAUUGACGUUAAAUCUAUUUCUUUGUUUCUUGUUCCUUAGAUUAAUAUUGACUUUAAACCUAUUUCUUAGUUUCUUGUUCGUUAGAUCAAUAUUGACGUUCAAUCGAUUUCUUAAAUCUUUUAGAAAUAAAUGUCUGUUCCUCAUAUAUGAAAUUGUUGGCUGAUAUUUACACCGCACUGUCUAGUUUUGUUGCUGACUAUGGUCGAUAUUACUAACCUCUCUGUGAAAUAAACUUUCCUUCAUGCCUGCCAUGUCUCUCAUCACCUAGAUAAUCUUGUUGCAGACUGGCUAUACUAACGAAUUAGAUCUGUAACCCUCAUCUUAUUCGUACGUAUUACAUGUACCGCCUUAGCUUGCUGAGCGACGUUUCUGUUGUGCCUUGCUUACCUUCACGUGCGCUAGCUUUGUAGCUUGCGCCAUGAUUGUGUCCAGUUGGACACUCGAUGUUUGCUAGUCCCGUCUGCUAAGAAACUUCUUCUUUAAUACACGCUUGACUGUUAA